AUGAAUCGUCACCUCCGUAUACCGGAGGUGCGCGUGAGUGGUGCACCAGAUCAAGAAGAGCCCGAUGACCCGCCGACAGCUCUUCCCCCCUUCGCGUUGACGCUAGCGUCUAUACCUAGACGACGUCAUUCUUGGAUUUGCGGGCAUGAUUCAUUGGUGACAUUUCUGAUGAGUCUCUCCGAGUUUAACAUUAUAUUUCGGGCUACUUUGAUACAGUACCCUGAUUACUAA